AUGCUCCUCUCCAACACCACAGAGUCUGUGAGUGGAGGAGUCCCCCUCUCGGUGGACUUCGACAGUCCUGAGGAUUAUUUCAUCUUCACUUUCCAGAUUUUAUUCGCUACAGCCACUGUCCUCGUGGCCGGAACGGUGGUCGUUGGCAUCUUGGCCACCAGAGCGCUGCGCCUCCAGAACAGGUUCAUUUUCAUGCUGAACACCAGCAUUUGUGACACGCUGGUCGGGCUCUCGGUUUAUUAUCUCGGUCUGUUUGAUGUUCAGGAGGGUUAUCCGUCUAGAAACGGAACUUAUAACGUUUUGCCAUCACUUCUAGGGGUCAAUAUAUUGACGUUUUUGUUUGCGCAGUUUGACCGGUACUUUGCUGUGUGCCAUCCAUUCAUCUACAGCCGCUUCGUAACCAGACAGUUUGUCAUAGGCAUCAACAUCUACUGCUGGGUUUAUAAUUUCGCACACUUGCUCGCCAGGAAUUUGCUGCCACUUUCCAAUGCGAUCCAGCUGUACGUGUUCAGCAUCGUCUUCUUUCAGCUAAUCGUGCUCACCAAAGUGGUCAUGACCAUCAAGCUGUACGUUAUCGCCAGGUUCCAGGUGGAGAGAGACCCUCCCAGCGCCGAGAAAGACAGCAAGAAGGAAUCCUUGCGAAUCGUCAUUUUCGUUGUCAUCAGCUUCUUGGUGCUGUGGUGUCCCUCCUUCGUUAACAUCAUCAUCAGGUUUGUGGCAGGUGGAGGGCUGACGUUUAGGAACGAGGCCACCAAUCUUUUCGCCAUCAUGGCUCGUCUGAACGCAGUGUGCACGCCGGCGGUGUACAUAUGGGGGAGUCCGGCUCUGAGGGAGGCCUCGGUGAGGGCAGUGUGGGGCAGAGUGUGUCCGAGAUGCAGGAGGAGGUAA